AUGGUGGACGAGGCGGGGGUGACCGCAUUUCUCGACACAAAUCCCGAGUUCCUGGAGCGCUACGUGACUUCCUCAGCCGUCAGCCGCGAGGCGUUCAGCCGCUGGGGCCAGCAGCGCCGACGCGCACAGCGCGGCGACUCGCUCCGCAGCUUCGAGUUACCCUCCACCCCGUGGACGAAUCGAGACCUCAGCAGCCGGCGGCGCAUACUGCUCGAUCAUGGUGACCAGACGCUGCGCCUCCUCUACGAGCUGACCGCAUGUUGUGGCCAACUUGUCGGCAUGGCCAGCGAAAUGCUCGAGCUGGUGGUGCACAACGACGAGGGCGCAUUCGUCGUCUACAAGAGCCGCACCGAGCAGCAGUUCAAGCUCAAGAAGCAGAGCAAAAAGAACUCGGCGAAGACGCCCGCCUACGUGCAGAUGCUCACCGAUUGUGCUGGGAAUUCGUUGGGGGAAAUCUGCUUCUACUCGCCGCUAACGGCCCGCGAUCGGCAGAUGCUGAACGCCCUGUGCUGCUGGGGCGCGGCGGUGCUGCACUAUGCACAGAUGGCCACCCAUUUUGCCUCCGAGGGCACCCUGUUCGACUCGUUCACCCGCCAGCGCAAGCUCUCCUCCUUCCUCCUCGACGUCGCCAAGUCCAUCUUCCAAGACAUUGUCAGCAUGGACGCCGUCAUCCUGAAGGUGAUGAACUACGCGCAGAAGUUGGUGUCCGCCGAGCGUGCCUCCCUAUUUCUCGUCGACUCCAAGACGGAGGAGCUGUACGCGCGGAUUUUUGACGUGGGGCAGGGAACGGACGAACACGUCAAGAUCAACAAGGACGGGCAGAAGGAGAUAAGAUUCCCAAUGUCAAAAGGCAUCGCCGGUGUUGUCGCCGCCACCGGCCAGGGGCUGAACAUCGAAGAUGCGUACACAGACCCCCGCUUCAACAAGGACAUUGACGAGCGCACGGGUUACCGUACCCGUUCCAUCCUGUGCAUGCCCAUCUUCAUCCGCCAUCACGUCAUUGGUGUCGUCCAGAUGGUGAACAAGACCGACGGAAUCUUCAACAAGAGCGACGAGGAUGCAUUUGAGAUGUUUGCCGUCUACUGUGGGUUGGCGCUGCACCACGCCAAGCUGUACGACAAGAUCAGGAGGAGCGAGCAGAAAAAUCGUGUCGCCCUCGAAGUCCUCGCCUACCACUCGGUGUGCAACCGCGACGAGGUGGCCAAGCUGAAGAAGAUCACGCUCAGGGAUCGCAUUGAGGAGCUGGAGACGUACGACUUCAACGGGAUGCGCCUGUCCGAGUUGGAGAAGCCGCUGUACGCCGUCUACAUGUUCAAGCACUUGUUCCACGAGACAAUCCCGUUCGAGUAUGAUGACCUGGUGCGCUUCGUGCUGACGGUGCGGAAGAACUAUCGGAGGGUGGCAUAUCACAAUUGGGCACAUGGCUGGUCCGUCGCGCACGCCAUGUACGUCCUGCUGCACCAGAACCGCGAGCUGUUCACCCCGCACGAAGCCCUCGCCCUGUACGUCUCCUGCCUGUGCCACGACCUCGACCACCGCGGCAAGAACAACGCCUACAUGCGCGACAUGGCAACGCCGCUCGCCUCGAUCUACUCGACGUCCGUCAUGGAGCACCACCACUUCAACCAGACUGUCACCAUACUCCAGCAGGAAGGUCACAACAUCCUCCGUUCGCUGACGUCGGCCGAGUACAAGUCGGUGCUGGGGCUGAUCAAGCACUGCAUCCUGGCCACCGACUUGGCGCUGUUCUUCCCGAAUAAGUGGGUCGGAAGUAGA